CUUUGUUAUACUUCUUGCACUCAAAAUAAAAUAGAUGUAAAAUCCGGAGUUUAAGAGGGAAAGAGAAAAGCGAGGAAAUGUGCAAGAGGUGCAGCUCUACGAAAACCAGAUCCAGGAACUGUGCUGCGCAUACGCACGAAUUCCUAAUCACGUGGUUUAUUGAUUGCCGUCUGUUAUUUAGCUAAAGUUACUUCAUGCAAUGCAUUUGUAUCAUUUUUGUUUGUUCGCGGAUAGCCAUUCAUCACGAGUUCAUGAACUAGAAAGAAAGAGACAUAUUUGAAUCGCUUAUGGAAGCGGGCAAUGUGGAUUAGUUAUAGUCAUCACUGGAACUUUUCCAUGGAUUCAUUAUUUCAUGAACUUAUACAUGUGUGCAAAUACGUGGCACCAGGCGCGCAAUUAACUUAUGGCCUGAGAAAUCGUUUAGAAAGAUUCAAGAGAAAAGAACGAAAAGAGAUUGUGUCUCGUAUGAAAGAUGGCUGUGCUCCUUUGUUCAUUGCUUGCAAGAGAGGCCAUGUGGAGAUUGUAGAAUACCUCAUAACAAAGUGUGACGCAGAUAUUGAACAAAGAGGAAAAUAUGAAGUACCGGACGAUAGGUCAGUUCACUGUGCUACUCCAUUGUGGUGUGCAGCAGUAUCUGGAAAUUUAGAAGUUAUUAAAUGCCUUAUAUCUCAUGGAGCUGACGUCAAUGCAGUUUCUGAUUCUGGAUCUACUCCUGUUAGAUCUGCAUGCUUCAUGACACAUAUGGAUAUUGUUUCUUAUUUGGUGGAAAAUGGUGCCGAUAUAUUAAAAGCAAAUUAUAAUGGUGGGACGUGUUUGAUAAAUUCUGUACAAAGUGUGGAAUUGUGUACUUUUCUUUUGGAACACGGCGCGGAUGUGAACGCUACCGAUAUUCAGAACAAAACUGCUUUGCAUUAUGCCAUUCAGGAGCACAGACUUCACACUACCAAACUGCUCUUAGAAUACAAUGCAGAUCCUCAUCUUAGAUCACGAUAUAACGAUGAUGCCCUCCAGACUGCUUGCCUUAAAGGAGCUAUUGAGAUAUUCGAGUACUUAGUGAAAAACGUAUCGUAUUCUCCGGAAAGACUGGCGGACGCAAACGAGUUGAUGGGAUCUACAUUUUUUGACGAUCACAAUGCUACGAACAUGGCGUUACAAUAUUGGAAAGCAGGGAUGAUCCUUAGAAUGGCCAACUCACAUGACGGAGUGCCUUUGCCAAAGAGACCUGUGUUACCAAAACGCGAGACAUACAAAAAUACCACAGAGUUUUCCACUUUGGACGAGUUAAGCUCCAUUUCGUUCGAUUUAGAUGCGAUAAGAAUACAGAGUUUGUUAAUAUGUGAAAGAGUAUUAGGUCCACAUCACAAGGAUACUCUUUUUCGGCUCAUGUUUAGAGGCGCGUCAUAUGCGGACGCGUUAAGAUAUCAAAAUUGUAUAGAUUUAUGGCAUCGAGCAUUAGAAAUUAGAGUUGAAAAGGAUUCGAUCUUGUAUGCAGAUACUUGUUUUACCGCACAAGCUCUAGUAAGACUUAUGGUAGAUCUAAAUGAAAAAACGUUGGAAGUGAUGGAUCAUAAUCAUGUAAAUCGGGAACCGAAAUUUUGCGAUGUAGUAGCAGUAUUCAAAUUACUCUCCAGCCAACUGAUGGACGCGAGAGAAUUGCUGGAGAAACGCCCAGUGCAUAAGAGACAAAGAGACAGUUAUGAACGUAUCCUGAAAUGCGUGACGCAUCUUAUUUACUUACUAGUAGAAACAGUGAGUUCUGACAAAGAGAAAGCUUUAAUGCACGAACUAGUCUGUGGGUUAGUGAAAAAAAAUCCAAGAUCUGUUUAUACAGAAGACACGCUUCUUCAUCUUUGUGUUUCUAGUUUAAAUACAAUUAAUUCUAGUUAUUUUACCUCUGCCGAUGAUAUACACACAAUUUUUCCACGUCUGGAAGUUGUUAAAUUGCUGUUGGACUGCGGAGCGUAUGUCGAUGCCAGGAACAUAUUGCGGUCAACGCCAUUACAUAUAGCAAGUAACACAUAUAACUUCGACAACCCUCUGAUAAAAUUAUUAUUGGAUCAUGGCGCACACUUAGAUACGCCAAAUAGGGCAGGAGAUACACCAGCGCGACUGAUAUCUUCUAAUCCAUUAAGUAACGAUCCUUUAAAAAAAGAUAUUACAAAUAUUAGAAAAGAGAAGAACCCCAGUCAACAAAAUGUUAGCAGCCUGCUGGCAGUUUGCGAGUAGAUUCACUUAGAACUUGGUAGCAAAUUCCGUGCCAUCUGUGUCCGCAUUAAGCUCGUGUUCUGUCGGCAGAUCUGUCGAUAGGUUGACAGCAGAUUGGCGGCAGAAAACGAGCAGGAUCUGCGCAGUGUAAUUUGGUGUCAGAUUGUCGGCAGAAAUCGAGCAGAACCUGCCGUCACAAUUUAAAUGGAAUAGCGGCAUUUAAAUGCUUCAUUACAAUUUUACAUUUCUCGUUUCGCUUAUUAAAAGUAGUAAAUGACAUAUGCAAAGUAUAUAAUAUAUAUUUGCUUUAUUGGGACAAAAAAAUACUUAUGUUUUAAUAAAUUUAUUAGGCAAAGUUUCGAAAUCACUGCAAUAUCGGGUCAACUCGCAGCGCAUUUUCAAUUUCAAAAAUCAGUUUAAUAUUCUGAAAUCAGUUUAAUAUUUUUAUGGGGAUUGUAUCAGAUUAUUGUAUUAAACUGAUAAGCUUCAUUAAGCCACUGGCCACACUUUAUAUGCACUGUAGAUGAAUUUUGAGUACGAGUUUAUAUAUGAAGAAACACACCGCAUAGCGGCAAACAACAUCAAAUUGCACUGCGCAGAUUUUACUCGAUUUCUGCCGCCAAUCUGACAUCAAACUGCAUUACACAGAUCCUGCUCGAUUUCUGCCGUCAAUCUGAUAUCAAACUGCGUUGCGCAGGUCCUGCUCGGUUUCUGCCGCCAAUCUGCUGUAAUAAUUCCGAGCAAAUCCUACUCGAUUUCUGCUACUGAUCUGCUGUCAAAUUAUGUCAGCAGGUUUUGUAACAUUUCUGCUGACAUUCUGCUAUCAUCUGAUGUAACAGGUUUUGUAUACAAUCUGCAGUCUUUCUGCUGACAAAAAUUUGUAGCAGACGUUUGGCAAUAUCUGUUCGAACAGACUUUGCUGACUGGGACGUUAUCUAAAUAUAUAUUAAUUUAUUAAUUAAGCUAAUCAUUUCUCAAAAUAUUUAAAAAAUGUCAAAACGUGUUAUUAUUGUGUACGGUGCUUUUUAGAAAUACAUUUUCUUUAAUGGAAACGAGUCGCAUAAUAUUCAUUUAUGAAAAUGAAUAAUAUUCCAUUGAUCAGUGGAUUCUAUUUUUCUAGCUAUUGAUAUAUAGGAAUUGUAAUAGAGUGCCUAUUAAUACUAUUGGAUGUUGAUAAGUAGCACUGCCAUUUGAAUAUCAGUGUGCGAAUGCAGCACCAUAUUCUGCAGCAAUCUAAUGCACUUAAAUUUUUCAUUUUUGGCUAAUUAUCUUGCUCUGUCUUAGCUUCCUCAUAUAUCUUGCCGCAGUAGAAAUUUUUGAGUCUUUACAGCUUUGAAGCGUGAAACAAACCAAGAUAUCUGCAAUUGAAUUAAGAAGGAAAUUGGUCAAAUGAUCGUAGAUGCCAUAGAGAGUUACUUGUCAACAUCCAAAUUUUAAUUAUUACAUAAUUUUUUUCUUCUGACUUUAUCUCAUAUUUAUUUUUAAGUACACUUUAUUUAAAUUUACUUGAUAUUUUAUGUGAAAGUUAUAAUGAUUAUAUAUAUGUAUACUUUAUUUAUUAUAUAUAUGUACUUUGAAGCGCUGAAAAUAUUAAUGGAAGUCAAAUCACACAAUGUUGGUCAUGAGAAAUGCAAUGUUAAAAUUAUUAUAGCUAUAAAACUGCACUAAUAAAGUGAUACAGAGAGACAUUAAUAUGGAAUUGUGUGUGCGCGCGCGUGUGUGUGUUUAGAUUACAACAAAAGUUGAUUUGUCUUCUUUGUAUUUCAGCAUUUUAAAAGUAUAAAAAUAUAAAAAGAGAAAAAUUAUAUAUACCACAUAAUAUUAACAAAGCAAACAGCGAUAUCUCUUCACCACUCUUGUAUAAGAAUUUAUAAAUUCUUACUAUAUUAUUAAAUGUAUGUGUAAGAUUCAUGUGUAAGAUUUUCACAAGUGUUUAUAUUUAUAAAAGUGAUAAAACAUUACGAUUUAUUGUACAUACAUAUAUAUACACUACCGCUCAUUAAUUUCAAUACACCCCAGCUUUGUUGAUUUCUCUGUAAAGAAUGAACGUGAUACGUAUAUUUUGUACAGAAAUGAGUCCACCUGCUGUUAAAAACACUCAGCACUCACAUGCAUCGUAUUUAAACAUUAUUUAUAUAAAAAUUUUUGAAAACUAGUUUUCGAAGAAACGAAAUUAACAGCCGGAUAAUGUCAGAUUCCUGGAAAUAAACAAAAUACGUGCGCAAAGUUACGAGGUUCUCGUAGUGAUCAGAUACACGCCCAAUGCUGUUUUGAAACCCAUUUAUCAACACAUACGCAGUGAAAGGGCUCCGGUGUUCGCCUUGUACUGUGAUACUGUGAAAACUUGUGAAAAUGUGUAAAGUGGUCUCGUAAAUGGCUUCCAAGAAGGAGUUAUCAAUCGAAAAGCGAUCUGCCAUAGUCGCUUUGAGAAAUGCAGGACAUAGUUUGCGUGAAAUUGCUCGCCUGGAGAAGGUUUCUCUUGGUGGUGUGCAGUGUACCCUCAAGAGAUUUGGGUGGUGUAUUGAAAUUAAUGAGCGGUAGUGUAAAUAAUGCACACAAGAAUCUCUCAGUUGAUAAAAUUGCGACAAAUGCCGCUAUACAUACAUGACAAUUGAAGAAAACGAUAUGUUCUCAUACGAUUCCAAUAUGGUCCAUGUGUAAAGUUUGAUACUUUCUAACAUUUAAAUCAUUAUAAUUAGCACACCCUCUUUAAGUAUAUAAAUAUUAGACAUAUACUUAUAUCAAUCUUCUCACUGUUCAAUAACAAACACGAUGUCCGACAUAGCACAUAUCUAAUGUAUGUUGUCUUUUAUAUGCUCACAUAUAUAUCCUAUCAAACGGUAUACAAAAUAAAAGAAUAUUGCAUAAAAAGA